AUGUCUAAUACUUCUUUGCUUAAUGAGUUACAUUUAAACAACUAUAACUUCCACUCAAUAAAUAAUAUACCGUCAACUAACAAUACCCAUAACAACAUGAAUAUGAAUAUGAACAUGAACAUGAACAAUAUUCCCUUGUCAAGAAACAAUUCUACUAUAUCACUAGAUAAAUAUCAUGAACCAUCUUCAAUCGAAAAAUCUAAUUUACUGAAGAAAUAUAAUAGUUCGAAUCUGAAUUUAAAUUUAAAUUUAAGCAUAACUUCAACAUCUUCCUCCUUAGAUAACCAACAGUCCUUAUCUAGUCAACUACAUUCUUUUAAUAGUUUUGCUUUACCUCCCAUCUCUUCUUUCGAUAAUUUAGUUAGAGCUGCUGAAAGACAAUAUAAUAGUAGUACCAUAAAUAAUAAUAAUAUUAAUAUUAAUAUAAAUAAUGUUAACUCUAAUAGCAAUUCUAAUUUAUCUAAUAUUAACCCGCUUUUAAGAAGAGAACCAUUACAUAAAGAAAUCAUACUGAAAAAGAAUGAAAAUGCAAAUGGUGCUAAAAAGAUAACAGGUAAUAAGAUAAAUAAGCCAAGAAGAAAAAAACAAUGUCCUAUGUGUUUGAAUUAUUACGCUAACCUCUCCACGCAUAAAUCUACCCAUUUAACCCCCGAGGAUCGUCCUCAUCGUUGUACCAUUUGUAACAGAGGCUUUGCUAGAAAUAACGAUUUGAUCAGGCAUCAAAAGAGACACUGGAAGGAAAAUAAUCAAAUAGAUUCAAAUAUGAGUGAACAUGAUAAAUUGAUGACCUUACAUAAAAUUAAGGGUACUUUUAAAUGCCCCUUCAAUUCAACUUUGAUCCAGUUAGACAUGGAAAUGUAUCCUUACAAGUCUCGUCCUUUGAUGUUUGAAACCUCAAAUUGUCAUCAAACAGGUAUUUUCUCUCGUUGCGAUACUUAUAAGAACCAUUUAAGAGCUUUACAUUUUGAGUAUCCUCCUGGAACAAAGAAAAAGGAUAGAAACUCUACUCCUGGUAGAUGCAGAAAUUGUGGUGCCAAAUUUAAUAAUGCUGAUGAAUGGUUAAACAAUCAUGUUGGUGAAAAUUGUGGAUAUUUUUAUCACUAA